AAAUAGUCGCCCAAAGACUCCCCUCCCCAUCCAUGCCCGGCGGCUGACAUCAUGGCAUAUGUCGCCCCGUAUCCACUGCUCAACAGGACAUACAGCCUGUACCGCCUAUCCCCGCUGCACCAUGGCGACGCGCCCCUCCUCGUCGACGACGCCACGCGCACCCAUGCCAAGCGCCUCAAGGACCAGCUCAAAGGCGACAACGUGCGCGGCGUCCAGGUCGACUUUGCCGCCGCCCAGGAGACGGCAACCCUGGGCCCGCUCGACGACUGCCGCUGGGAGGUGCUUGGCGACGAGGAUGCCUGGAUUGACCGCCGCCUGCAGUCCGAAGACCCGGGCGCACCGCGAGUCGCCCCCGACGUGACGCCAGACCGAGCUCGCGGCCUCCAUGUCACCCUCGACUACGACAAGCAGCAGUACAAUGCGCUCCUGCUGCGCGACCCGGAUGCCACGUCCUCGCCCAUCGGCUUCACCGCGCUUCCGCUGUUGCUCGUCAAGAUGCCCGCGCCCAUACGCGACAUCUUCUUCAGCUACCUGCGAACCACCUUCGAUGCCCAUGUGGCCCCAUUGAGGCUCCCGUCGCCUUUUCUUACAUCGGCUCUCGAGACCUUUUUCACUCAUCUCACCGCAAGCAGCUCUACCCUGUCGAUCCAGCAUGUCAUAAAGCAGUUGCACAUUCAGCUGGCAUUCCCUACUGCCACGAGCCUUUUGAAACACAUCCAAGUCUCCAUCGCGGCCGAAGAUGUCGCUGAAUUUGUCCGUCGUGGUCGGCUGCUGAAAGAUACCCACAGCAAGCCCUUCACUGCCGCCUUGACCAAAUAUCUGAAUCAGCACCUCGCUCUCGACCUGUCGCAUCCCAAAGUCCACGUAUCUCGCAUAUCCUGCAGCAGCUUCCAUCUCGGCACCGAGCGUCUUAAAAUCGUCGCACCAGACACGCUCCCAGAUGCAUCAUUCUCUGAUCAAGAAUCGUCACAGGAUUCGAGCGCAGCCCAACUGGCUGUCCACGAACUCUACACAUCUCUCGUCCGAGAAGCCACCGGCAGCGGCAAGUUUUUGCCUGAGGACUUGGCAAAGGAUUCAACAGACGACUCGCCGUCUUCCACUGCAAGUGCUAGGCGAAAAAGAGCCAUCAGCACCACAGCUGUUAGUAAUGGAAACAGCAAGAAGACCAAGGCCAGGGGAAAAGAAAAUGCUGCACGGGUCAGUGGAGACAACACAGUCAUAGUCGACAGCUAACCUCAGCUGAUCCCGCACCACCACGUCACUUUGUCGGCAACAAGGAUUUCCACUUUUGUGGGUCCUGGGUCGUUUGCUCUUUUUAGGCUUAUUCCUUUUAUGAUACCCAGCCUAUUCGGAAUCUCGAUGCAACUGUCUGCCUUUGUUCCCUAGUGUACUAUAACUCACCUUUGAGAUCCUCGCAUUCGUAUACAUGUUGAUAUCUUUUUUCUUGAUUUUUUUGCAUGAAAUCUGUCAAGGUGAAACAAUGACAUGGACUUACUAGACAUUCACAAAACGGUAUAGAACAAGCAUCUGGUAAAGCCAUGGAUCGCGGGGUGCCUGUCCAACAUGAUACACGAUCAGUUUUGCGUCCGAGCUGGAACCCAAGUCAGGGUCAUUAUCCGUGCUUCAGCGUAGUCAACACCAGCGAAUAGGCAACCAAGGAAGUCCGCAAACAG